AUGUUUCGAGUUAUAGUAGUAUUCUAUUUUCUUGUGCAGUCUUCUGAUGAACAUAUCACUACUUGGAAAGCUCAUGCACAAAGCAAUACACUGGUUGCUUUUGGUUUGCCUAUCAAUGAUCAGAGUUUCUCAAAAUAUGCAAUAGAGGCAAACAUAAGUGUCGCCAUUGUUCUCUUACCAAUUACUGGCGAUAUCGAAGCAGAUUUCAGUGCUGCCUGUUCUAUACUUAAUAAAACAACUAGACCGAUUGGGUUGGUCGAUGCUAGUUGGCCAUAUGCUGCACAAAACGAUGAUAUGUUUACAUUCUCCACUAGUUUCAAAGAUGAAAAUGCUGAAAAUGAGGAAUACGAACAGGAAAUGAGGAAUACUCUACAAAACGGUUUGGAGCAAACAGCAGAAUCAGAGGCUAGUGAACGGUUAAGAUGCUAUAGACGUCAGUUGUUGAUGAGUUUAAGCUCAAGAUUACAACUACCUCUAGUGACAAUCACAGACCUUGAGGAAUGUCCAGGAUCUAUGAUCGAUUCAGCUAUAAGAUGGUUUUCAUUUUCAAAAACUAAGCACCGUACAGGGAACUCCCAUCAUCGGAUCUCGAAUCCGUAUUCCCCUGCUUUAGUUCAUUCAAUUGGACCCAGUCAAUUUCUUGUAGCAGAACUCCUUAAAAAUCUCAUUGUAGUGAAUGAGGACGCUUGGAAGGGGUUUGCAAUCGUAUAUGAACACAGUAGUGAUUUUCUCAAAUAUCGUGAAUGUUUAGAAAGUGUACAGACCACAGUCCUUAUUCGUCGAUGGAGAGAAAAUUCGUUUUACAAAGCCCAUAUUAUUAGAGAAAUCAAACAUUUGGAAGCAUUCUUCUUGGAUUUGUCCGCAAAAAGUAUUGAACAGUUUUUCCAAAUGAUGGGUGAUCAAGAAGCCAAUUCCAACUAUGCACAUUAUUUCAUAUUUAAUGAUGGUUCUCUUGAAAGUUUGAUGAAUUCACUUCGACGCGUAAAAGGUAAUAUUGGCUUGGUUCGUUUUAAAAUACCUGGAAUAUCUAAUGAAAUGGAAACAGAAUCGCUUCAUACACAAAUGACAAGAAGUGUUGUGGAACAUUUCUCUGCAGCAAUAAAUUUAGCCGGUAAAAAAUUAGAAGUUCCAGAACACGUUGGUUGUACGCCAGUACGAUCCAGUUUGUUAAAAACACCCAAAGGUUUACUAGUUAGCCAUAAAAACGGACCUCAUAUUAUGUAUAAAAGUGGACAAUUAUUACACACACACAUAAGUCAAGUGCUUAACUCUCGAAUUGGCUAUACAGAUUCAACCAAAAUCAAUUCGAUACUAGAUUAUAACCUUGAAGUGAUAAGCUUAAAAAACGGAAGGUCACAACAAUUAUUAAACUGGUCAUUAAAAAGGGGAUUUGUGUCUAAACAGACAGCUGAAACCGCAUUCUCACAAGGUGGAACAAAGUAUAUGAACAAGACAUUUAUUGUUACAACUAUCGAGGAUCCUCCAUUUGUAAUAUUUGAACCAUAUCGUCAAGGUGUACACUUAGAAGGUAACGAUCAAUGGACUGGAUUUGCAAUGGAAUUGUUGCAACACUUAAGUAAAAUGAACCACUUCGAUUAUAUUAUCAAGCCUGUUAGCGAUAAAAAGUUCGGAACAUUUGAUGAGAGUAAAGGAAAGUGGGAUGGACUUAUCGGAGAUCUUGUUUAUAAAAAAGCUGAUCUCGCAGUAGCAUCUUUUACUAUCACCUAUGAUAGGGAACGUGUAAUUGACUUCACUACACCAUUUAUGAGUCUUUCUCUCAGUGUCAUUAUACAAAAAAGUAACUCUGAUCCUGGAUUGCAGUUUACAGCGCCACUAUCAAACGAGGUUUGGUUAUCUGUUGGCAUCGCCUACUUUGUAGUUAGCCUAACAUUAUUCCUAAUUGGACGUGUUUCACCAAAUGAAUGGUAUGCUCGGCAUCCAUGCUAUCCGACUAUACAAAAUCAGUUUACAUUGAGAAACAGUUUUUGGUUCACUGCUGGAUCGCUCAUGCAACAAAGUAGUGAUAUAAUACCUCGAGCUACGUCAACUCGAAUUAUUGGAGGAAUUUGGUGGUUCUUUAUUUUAAUAAUGACCUCAUCAUAUACAGCCAAUUUGGCCGCUUUUUUGACAAUUGAUAGGAUGCAAGCAGAUAUUGAAAGUGUUGAAGAUCUAGCACGUCAGACAAAAAUCAAAUACGGAACAAUACAUGGUGGUUCAACAUAUUCAUUUUUCAAGCAUUCAGAUAUUCCUACCUAUCAAAGAAUGUGGAAUUUUAUGAACCAGAACAAAUCUUUAUUUGUUAACAAAACAGAAGAGGGUAUUGCGCGUGUUCUUGAAGGUGGUUAUGCUUUGAUACUAGAGUCUACACUUAAUGAGUAUUAUGCCCAGCGUAACUGCAAGCUAACACCAUUGGGUGGUUUGUUGGAUCCAAGGGGAUAUGGAAUCGGAUUACCUAUAGGAAAUAAUGGACUACGAGACUUACUGUCUGAAAGUAUUUUAAAGUUACAAAAAGACCAGACAUUAGAAAAAAUGCGACAGUACUGGCUACAACGUUACAAUGCUUCAGUACCGUGCUAUUUACAAAGUUCGCAUACAAAUUUACCAUCGAGAAGUAAAUUAACACUGACGAAAAUGUCUAGUGCUUUCAUUGGUUUAGGAGUCGGUUUGUUAUUCGGUAUACUUGUAUGGAUAACAGAAAUAGUUGUGUGGGUAUUAAAAUUUCGUACAAAUGCGAAAAAACAUCCCAUUAAAGAAAUAGGUGAACACUUCCACAAGACACUAUGUCAUCAUCAGCAGGUAAUGCAGGAGAUAUCCCGUCGUAAUUCAGUGGAUGAAUCACUUCUAGCACAAUACAGAGAAGUUAAUAAAAUUAAUCAUUCAACUGCUGUAUUGAUUAACAAUUCAAACAAUAAUCAAUUUAAUAAUACUUCAACAACAUUUCAUAAAGUAACAGCGUUGUAA